CUAUAAUUGUACUGCUGGAAUGCUCCAGAGCAAAGUGGAAAUUGUCAAUAGCAUGAACCCAUACGCAUAGUCAGUCUGAUAGACACAUAUGCUCGAUAUAUAGACAUAUAGGUAUAGAUAGAGCUGCAGUGUAUAUAUGUUGUGGUCAGUGCACAGCAACGAGAGUAAGAGACACAGACAAGAUGAGAGAGCUGUUUGGAGCUGCUUGCUUCACUAUAGGUUUCCUGCAAUGUCUGGGGGAAGCAGAGACGUUUGCCCGCGGCAGGAGGAAGGUGGGAGAGAAUCGUAUCGUGGGGGGAAGUGAUGCGCAGAAAGGGGCGUGGCCCUGGCAGGUCAGCAUCAUGAGAGACGGCUUUCCCUUCUGCGGGGGAUCCCUGAUCAACAAGGACUGGAUCCUGAGUGCAGCGCACUGCUUCCAGAGUUCCAGCAAUGUAAAACUCUACACAGUGCGCCUGGGGGCCCUGUCUCUGAGCCAGCAGCAGGGUGUGGACAGGAGGUUGCUGCGCAUUGUUGUGAGACCCGGGUUCAAGUCCGCUGAUAAGGGAGACGAUGCUGCCCUGUUAGAGCUGGAGCAGCCCGCCCCCCUCUCCGAAACCAUCCUCCCGGUGUGCCUGCCCAGCCCCUCCACCUCCUUCACAACGGGGCAGCAGUGCUGGGUGACUGGCUGGGGCAACGUCAAGGAGGGAGUGACCCUGUCCGCUCCCCGCACUCUGCAGCAGGUCAUGGUUCCUGUCGUGGGCAGCGAGUCCUGUGACACCAUGUACCACAUUGGCACUUCUGUCAGCAAGAGCGUGCCCUUCAUCCUACCAGACAUGAUCUGCGCGGGGUACCAGGAGGGGCGCCAGGACUCCUGUCAGGGAGACUCUGGGGGUCCCUUGGUGUGCCCCAGUCCGGACGGUUCCUGGAUCCUGGCCGGGAUUGUCAGCUGGGGGGACGGCUGCGCCCAGCCCAACCGCCCGGGGGUGUACUCGCGUGUCACUUCCUUCCUGUCCUGGAUCCAGGAGACCCAAGGCCUGCCCGUCCAAACCACUUCGGGGUCGAGCGCCAGCAGCACUCAGAACUCCCAGUCCAGUCCCGAAUCCACCCUGAUCUCCGGGAAUGUCUGCGGCCAAAUUAAACUGUCAAACUCCAAGGAUUCCUCUUUCAAACCCCGCACCUUCAGCCCGCUGGCACUGGCUGUACUGACUUUGUUAACAUUAUAAAGAAGAGGCAUGGAAAUACAUUUAUAAAGACUAAUAGAACAGUGAAAUCAUCUCCUAUUUUCUGUUCUGAAUGUUCAGUUACUCUUGUAAUUAACCCCUUUCUGGUAGAUAGGUCAGUUUUUAAGGCGUUUUAAACUCAGGGCUACGAGACCACGUCUUCAUUUGAAAGAUAAAUCAGUCUAAUAUUUAUUUCAACGUUGGUUUUGCUGUCUGUCGUCUCUGUGGUGCGGGUAAAUGUUCUGGAAGUGCCGACGAACGGCCACUAGAGGGCACCAAAAUUCUACCGAAAUGUGAAAUGUGAGAAUAGUGAAAUGUUUGCACUAAAAGACACUUUAAUGAAGACGGGACAAAAUGCAUGAUGUAGAUGACGUUUACAUUAAGAAAAAACAGAUUAAUUUUGAUCCGUCGGAAACCCUCAACUGCUGCAGAAAAUGAAUUCUUAAAGGGCAGGAGAAAAGUCAGAAUGAAACCCUGAUAAUCUAUCAUGAUAAUCUAUGUUGUAGGUGUGCAACACAGCAGCCUGGUCACUAAAAGCACAUUUCAUUAAACGGAACACAAUUGUAGUUUAAUACAACAGCUGCUGCCGAAUUGAGUUCCACAGCAAAACAGGCGGGUGUGUGGGAAGCUGGCUUUGAAAUCCUGAUACAAAUUAAACUGCACUUAUUAGCUACUCUCUCCAAACCUCUCCUGUGUUUUUAAUGCUUGUUUUGUCGCAUUCCUCGGCUUAUUUAUCUGCUUUGUAAUGCUUCGAUAAGCGAGUGUUUGUGAUUCUGCACCCUGCUCCCUAACCCCUAUGAUUUUGUUUGGAGAAAGGAUGCAGUAAAUCAAGUAAACAAAAGUCAUUUUUGUCCGGUUGUCUCGUUUCUAAAUACUGUUAUAAAAACAUGAAAUGAAUCAUUUGACUAUUUA